GGAGGUUGUGGCGGUGAGAUCAUGUGAGAGAGCACGCUUGGAGAGAGUAGGUUAGCAGGGUAGACUGAGAGGAAGGCGCUGACUGUGUGGACCACCGUGUGCACCGUGGGGACUAUUCUGGCCAUUCGCAAGGGCGUUUAGGAUGCAAUCCAAAGCGACUUUCUCCACUCUUUUAAUUCGCUUGGACUUCACCAAACGAUAGACGACACUUAGAGUCACCUGCAGCGCAGCCAAAUGUAGCCACGCUUCCUUCUCCGCCGGUUAAGAAGAAGAACAGGUCAAAAUGAGAGCUCAGAUCGAGGUCAUCCCCUGUAAAAUCUGUGGGGACAAGUCCUCUGGGAUCCACUAUGGGGUCAUAACCUGUGAAGGCUGCAAGGGGUUCUUCCGUCGCAGCCAACAAAACAAUGCCAUGUACUCUUGCUCCCGCCAGAGGAACUGUUUGAUCGACCGAACGAACCGCAACCGCUGCCAGCACUGUCGUCUACAGAAGUGUCUGGCUUUGGGCAUGAGCCGAGAUGCGGUGAAGUUUGGCCGUAUGUCCAAAAAGCAGCGGGACAGCCUGUAUGCUGAAGUGCAGAAGCAUCAGAAAUCUCAGGAGUGUGUGGACUCCGGAGAUGUGGGCUCGACUGCUCUGUCCUUACCCAGAGAGGAUGGUGCAUGUGGCGGUAGCGGUGAGGACGGCGAGGAAGAUUUGAGCCGUUCCUACAGCACCGGGGGAUCCAGCUCCACCCUCAGCGACCUCGAUGACAUUGCAGCGCUCCCCGACCUAUUCGACCUACCGCUGACCCCCGAGGAGGCCAGCGAGUAUUGCAGCCUGGAGCUACUGGGAGGGAGUGGAGGGACCAGCACGGGAAACACCUCCAACUCAUCAUCCGCUUCUUCCUCUUCCUCAUCCCCGUCCAAUCAGAAUUCUCCACAGCAGACAAUGAUGGAUGGGUCAGACAGCAAUGGCAUCCAGCUUCUGCACACACAUUCUCACUCACAUCCACUGUUUGAAGACACACACGCACUGCUGGACCAGUUACCUGAUGACUGCUCAAUAACAGAACUUGAGCGAAUCACCCAGUGUAUUUUAAAGUCUCACUUGGAGACAUGUCAGUACAGUGCUGAGGACAUGAAGAGAUUCACUUGGGUACAAUACACACCUGAGGAAGCGCGUGCUUUUCAGAACAAGUCAGCUGAGUGGAUGUGGCAGCAGUGUGCACACCACAUAACCAAUGCCGUCCAGUAUGUGGUGGAGUUUGCCAAACGAAUAGCUGGCUUUAUGGAUCUUUGCCAGAAUGACCAGAUUAUUUUGCUGAAAGCAGGAUGCCUGGAGGUCCUGCUGAUCCGUAUGUGCCGGGCUUUUAACGUCAACAACAGCACCAUUUUCUUCAACGGAAAAUUUGCCUCGCCUCAGUUCUUCAAAGCACUUGGUUGCGAUGACCUGGUGAGUGCAGUGUUUGAACUGGGAAAAGGACUCUGUCGCCUCCAGCUGUCUGAUGAAGAGAUGGCUCUGUUUAGUGCAGCUGUUCUUCUCUCCCCUGAUCGGCCCUGGCUGAUGGAUGGCCAAAAGGUUCAGAAGCUUCAGGGAAAGGUUUACCUGGCUCUGCAGCACAGUCUUCAUAAGAGUGCUUCUGAGGAGAAACUGGACAAGAUGCUGUCCAAACUACCUAUCAUGAAAUCCAUUUGUCACCUCCACAUUGAUAAACUGGAGUUUUUCCGUCUGGUCCACCCAGAUACCGCAUACAGUUUUCCUCCGCUGUAUCGGGAGGUGUUUGGAACUGACAUGUCCCUGCCCGACUCCACCAACAGCUAGACAGAUGGACUGACUGACAGAAAGACUGACUGACAGAGAGAUGGAGGGAGUGUAUUUAGAGGAAGGGAAAAGGAGAGACAGAGUAGGAUAUAUAUGUUGACGUUCAACAACCAGCAGUUAAAAGACAAUCCAGGACUUUAAAAUACUCCGUCUCCCGCGAUUCCGAGCAGGCAAAGCACCUUACACUACAGACCAUGCACGCUCAUGCUCCUCUGUGUAUUGUAGCAGCACCAACAGAUGCAUGAGGCAGAUACAAGUUUGAAAACUUGUUUAACGUCAGAUCUGCUGCGGAUCGCCCAAAAAGUAAUGAAUGUACCUCAUCGACAAGCACCAGUGCACAAGCAAGGACUCAACAGUGAAUGUAUAACCCUGUCACACUUAAGACAGUUUUAUACAUGGUCACAAAAAUGAGAUUUCAGUCAAUAUUGAUCUUUCAGUAUGGUAUUUGUGCAUAUUCAUACAAAACCACGCUAUUUAUGUACUGACACUUAGGGACCAAGAUCACAAGUCAUUUUCUAGAACUUCACCUCCGAGAGCCGCUUCUCUCUUGACAUUUUGCCUGUGUUCGGUGCUGCCUUGAGUAGGCUCUUGAGAAACCUCAGUCCCACAAAUCCCUUUUCCUUGCAAAUGCCACUUGGAGACAGGGCAAGAUGAAAUUAUCUUUAAUUUAUAUACACAUUUAUAUACAAUAUUUUAAAUAAGAAUGUAAAUAGAUUACUAUGUGAGAAUGCGGAGAGUGUUAGAGUGUGUGAGAUUAGUUCAGAGUGAAAGGGAGAGAAAAAAGUGCAUAUUUACACAAAGGAAGCUGAUAUUUGGACUCUGGACUAUUUUCCUCUCUAUAUAGUACUCUCAGGUUUCCAUGACAACCCGCCUCCCCACACUUUUCCUUGACAGCAAACCCACUACGAGGGUUGAACAGACACUUGUACAUGCAAACAGGGGCAACGUGUCCAUGCAACAGAGGAAACAAAUUGCCUUUCUUUGGCAUUUAAACUGAGCUCUGAUGCUGAUAAACCUGCCCCUGCCUGGACAGACAAGAGGAGGACAAAUGGGACUCCAAAGGACAAAACUCAAGCAAGGCAAACUUCAUGAACUUCAUAAGAGGGGAUACAAGGUGUGUGUGUGUCCACCCAGCUGUUUCAAACCAGCAGUCAGGUGUAGUAUAUAUAAUUCAAUCACUCAUGUAGUCUCACUUGUUCAGGUCCUCAAUUUAUAACAUAAUCCCUCCUUGCUGGUUGGAGCAACUGCAUUAUUUGUAGACUUGCUAUUCCUCUUCCCCAUUUUAGUCCCAAACUCAACACUUUUUUCAAUAAAAAACACUUAAAGUCCCCUCUUUCUCACUGGAGACUAGUCUACUGCCAGACAGAGCUACCAGCUGCCCCCCUGAGUUGGGCCUCAAAGCCAGUAAGACUUUGUUGUUUAUCUAUUUGUUUUUGGGGGGUAUUUUGUUAUGCAAGAUCCCUCAAAGUUCCAGUGCUUCACUUGAACAUAAAAUCAAGUCAUGAAGGUUAGCAUAGAGAUGAACGUCUUACUCGGGGGCGCUGUGACGUUUUUUGGGCCUGCCGCCUGCUGCUCAGGGAGCUAGCUGUGAUUUCUUGUCCCUUUAUGACCAGCUUUUUAAUCCUCACACCUUUGCACCCCACAACCAUAAUCACUGUGGACGUGAGAUCUAUUUUUGUGAAUGUUGCUCACAAACUGUCCAAGCCCUUCAUGUUUGUCUUAACAUUGUAACAUUAAAUUUAUGAGAAUCUAUGUAGGAAUACAAAAAAAAAUCCGUUUAAAGUUAAAUUUCAUUCUUGGGGUUUGUUUUCUUUUGCUGUGAUCUUCACUUAUGUCUUUUAUCCACUUUCUUUAACAUCUCCACUUUUGUCCUUUCAAGUCAGUAACCAUUUUUUUAAAAUUGUCAUAUGAUUGGGAAAGUCCAAAAAAACAGACUAGUUUGUCUCCCUUUUCUUUCCUUGUAUGUAUUUCUUUUUUUAAAAGAGAUACAGUAAAUUACUAGUUCAAGACUGAGUCUCACGGCUCGAUAUAUAUUGUCAUCCAUUGGGAUACAUUAUAUGUGGUUUUAAGAAUGUAAUAAAUGGUUUCUUCUUUGGAA